AUGGCUCACACCCGGAUCUCCACGUACCUGCCCCCCAACAUCAACCCUGCCCAGGCUGCCAUUGCCUAUGGCUGUCGGGCCCUACCCAAGCUGAACGAGGAGCUGCAGUCGGAGGACCUGAAGACCAGGCAGAAGGCCCUCAUGGCUCUGUGUGACCUUGUGCACGACCCUGAGCAUGUCUACGUGGCCAUUGACACUGGCUGCUUGGAGAGCUUGAAGGCUCUACUGAAGGACAGAGAUGACAUGGUGCGGAUCAAGACCACUGAGGUGCUCAACAUCAUGGCCACCCAUAACGUGGGCAGGAAUGGCUUCUUGAAGCAUGACAUCAUCUUGGCCCUGGCGCCCCUGCUCAACGACCCCCAGCCUCUGUGCCGAGUGAACCUGCACCUGGCCUACCAGCGCCUGGCCCAGGUGCCUAAAGGAGCCCAGGGCAUUGUCCGCAGUGGCCUGAUACCUUUGCUGGUGUGGAAGCUGCAGCUGGAGGAGGAGACCAUCCAGGAGCUGAUCCUGGACACCCUGGCCCCCUGCUUGUGGGAGGAUGCCACCGAGGCUCUAGACAACCGUGUAGUGCUCUUCCUCAAGGAGAUGCUGCUCAGAGCCAAUGAUGACAUUCGCAGCAAGGCCACCCGUGCCCUGAUGGCUGUCUGCAUCCCCCUGGAGGGCAAGAACCAAGUAUGGAAGUAUGACGUGAUCCCCAUCCUGGUGCACCUGCUGAGGGACAAGGUGGAGGAGGUGCAGGCCAAUGCUGCGGGUGCCCUGAUGUAUGUGACUGUGACCACUGAAGGGAAAUAUGCUGCCCUGGACGUGGAGGCCAUCACCCCGCUGCUGGAGCUGCUGACUUCCCCUAAGAGCAAAGUACGACUCUUUGCUGUCAAGGCCCUCACCAUGCUGGCUGAGGCUCCUGAGGGCCGCCACUACCUGCAGGCCCAUGUGCCCGCUUUCCGCAUCUUUGAGAAGGAUUGCAAUGUGGCCUUGAAGCAGGCGGCCCUCAUAGCCAUCAAGGUCAUUGAGUGGAAGCCCUGA